AUGUUUGUUUUCUAUUUUUCGUCCGCAUGGACGCCAGUGCUUACUGCCCUGGUGGCUUCGUCCUUGCUUCUUCCUAACUAG